UUGAUCGAUUUAAAAUAAGGCAGAAUUUUGUUAACUGCAGAGUUUUGCUACAAAACUGGGACAUAUUCCUAUCGUUUUUAUUACUUAUGUCAGAAACGGAAGGUACAGAUUUAAAAGGAGUUGUGCGCCUUCGAAUAGAUAAAGUUGCUGAGCUUGGCGCAGAAGCAACAUUUUCACUCGCUGAGAAAAUCGCUAAACUUCCCUGGAGAUUAGAAGUACUGAAAACUGCAGGGGAAGGUCAGCAUUCUCCACCAACUCUAGCAGUUUAUGUAUGGAGCAAUUGGUUAAACAAGUCAAAUAGUUGGUCGUGUAGAGCUAUUGUUAAAUUUAUAAUCAAAUCUCGUGAGCUGGACUUUGUCCGCAAUUUUGAACAUAAUUUUUGUGCUAAACAACCAUUUGUGAAUUGGACAAGGCUUUUGGAUCCUGGAAGUAGUAGCUAUUCUUCUUCACAUGACAGUAAAGAAUAUGAAGACUCAUCUUUAGAGAUUGAAGCGCAAAUUUGUGUGAAAGAAAUUAUUGGAUAUGGCGUUCCAACAAAAGAAGAUCAAAUGUUUGUGAAUGGUAACAUAUUUGUCGUGAAUAAAUUUCUUCUUGCUGCUCAUUCUCCAUAUUUUCGAGCGUUUUUCUUUGAGGAUCGCUUCCGCGAGUGUCAGACACAAACUUUUGAAAUUAACGAUAAAGAAGUUGAUGUGGAUAUGUUUGGUAUCAUGCUAUCUUGUAUAUACCCUGAUAAUGGGAAGCCUAAUGACAACAAUGUUGAAACCAUUCUGCAAUUAUGUGAUAAAUACGAUCUUCAAGUGGUCAAAGAACGCUGCGAACGUUUCCUUAUAGAAGAUAGCCGAAAAUGUUUUGUUUUCAAGUACAGAAUGGCCGAGCAAUAUGGGCUUAGUUCUUUAAAGUGUCAUUGUUUUAAUUCAAUCAACCCAAAUGAAUUUUGCGCUCGUCUACUAGAAAAUAUCGCAGAAUUCUCUGAACUCAAUCCAAACUCUCAAAAAGUUCUUGAUUUCCAUCUGGCUAAGGUUUCUGAAUCUGAGAAAAGCGAACAUAAUUUGGCCUCAAUUCUUCAAAAUGGGUUGUUGAUGAAGCAGAUGCAACAAAAUAAAAUUAUCUAA